AUGACUAAUCCAGUGAGUUCUGCUCCUCAAAUUUUGGGUGCUCAAGAAGACGCACCAGUCAUCACACAGCAAAACCCACAAGGGCCAGAAGCUGAAAAAGGAGGUGUCAACAAUGAUGAAAAUGACAACCCUUCAAAGCGAAGCGGACGCAAGGGUAAGCCUACUUCCUGGUUAUGGGAUCACUUUGAAUACAUUGAAGGUCCUCCUAUUAAGGCAAGAUGUCAUUAUUGUAGUUCUGCAUAUUUGUGUUCAUCAAAGUCACAUGGGAUCACAAACUUGAAAAAUCAUUAUGGAAAGUGUGAGAAAUCUCCAUUUAGGAAAGUACCAAAAGGUCAAAAAACUUUAGCUUUUAAAUCUAUGAAAAUGGAGGAUGGUACUUCAAGUGGUGUCGAUCUUCGAGCUGUUAGCUUCAAUAUAGAAGUUGCUAGGAAGGCUUUGGCUAAAAUGGUAAUCAUUGAUGAGUUGCCAUUUAGGUGUGUGGAGGGUGACGGGUUUAGAAUUUUUGUGCAGUCACUUCAACCAUUAUUCAAGGUUCCUUCUCGGAUGACAGUUGCUAGGGAUUGCAUGAAGAUAUUUAUGGAAGAGAAGGAGAUGUUGAAAAAGCAAUUAAGAAAUGAAAUGGGAAUAGAAAAGUUAUUCACUGUCACUGUAGACAAUGCAAGCUCGAAUGAUGGAGCAAUUAAGCACUUGAAACUUGUCACCAGGGAUUGGAAGGGGACUGUCUUGGGUCAUGAGUUUAUUCACAUGCGUUGUUGUGCACAUAUUCUAAAUCUCAUUGUUAGGGAUGUGUUGGAUGAGCAUGAUGAAUCCAUUUCAAGGAUUCGUAAUUCCAUUCGAUAUGUGAGGUCAUCACCUGCUAGGUUAUCUACUUUUAGAAAGUGUGUGGAUAAGGUGAAAAUUGAUUGCAAGCAAUCUUUGUGUUUGGAUGUGGACACACGUUGGAAUUCAACUUACAUGAUGUUGGAUGUGGCUCUAAAGUAUGAAAAAGCAUUUAAGAGGCUUGAGUCGGAUAAUAGGCGAUAUUGUAAAUACUUUGACAAAAGAGAGAUUGAUGUUGGGGGCCACGGGACAAGUGAUACUAAUGUGAAGAAGGGGAAAGGAAAACUUAACAAGACAAUUGGCCCGCCCACUGAGCAAGAUUGGAAGUAUGCAAGGUCUCUUGUGAUGUUUUUGAAACUUUUCUAUCAUAUGACCUUGAGGUUCUCUACUUCCUUAAAUGUUAGUUCAAAUUCAUUUUUCCUUAAGAUUGUUUCAUUGCAUAGCAGGUUGUUAGACUUGUGCAAAAGCACUGAUAGUGACAUGAAACUCAUGGCUGAUCGGAUGAAGUUAAAAUUUGAUAAAUAUUAG